AUGAUGUUUGGCGCAAUGAUUGUUUGUCGAUCGCCAAAAGAGGCGCCAGACACUUGGGUCAAUUAUUUCGACAAUUUUUGCUAUUAUCAGGAUAAAUUCAAGUUGGAUGCCGUGCAAGCUGCUACGUGAGUGCAAAUUUUGAAUGGAAUUUUUCGUGUCGUAUCUCGUUUUUAGUUGUUGCAGAAUAUAUGCAUUUGAAAAAAUUUCAGCAACUCGCCGUUUUCACUCAAAAAGUCACCCAUUUUUUCAGUCGCACUACCACACGUGGCAGUUUAAGCGAAGUGCUUUUCAAAGAAAACGACGUCAUCACAUAUUAUCAAUGGAUUCCUUAUUCAAUGAUUGUUCAAAUAGUACUCUGCUUGCUGCCAGCCAUGGUUUGGCGAAACUUUGGACUUCGAUUUUUCCACGGUGCUGAUUUCGACGCAGUGUUGCGCGGUUUCAUUGAAAAAAUGCCGGGAGAGGCGAAGGGUGUCACCAUCAAAUGGAUCAAGGAAGACGAUUGGAAACGAAUGGCUAGGACUGUUCAAAGAUUGUUGAAAUUGAAGAAAACGUGGGUAUUAGGCCGAAAAAUCGCUUUUUGCCGACCAGAGAUUUAUUUUUGAAAAAAAAAAAUGCUCAAAGUUUCCAGCGAUCGCUUUGGCCUGCGCUCAACAAUGUUCAUCUACGUUGCUCAAAAAUGGAUCGGUUUCUGGUCAUUCGUUUUCCAGUUUUAUUUGCUGGCUAAAAUGUUUGCGAAUGGUGGAAUUAUGUGGGGAGUUCAUGUAAGUUACCUAAUAGUUUUGUUCUCAAAAAAGUAGAUUUUUUUCCAGCUCACUUACAAUUUGCUGCAUUCCGAAUUGGUGGAUCUGAAGGGCGGGCUUUUUCCGCGAAUGGUGCAUUGCUCGGUGGAUAAAGCGGUGAGUUUUGAAAGGAGUUUUAGUGCUGCAAAUCGGAAAUCCACCGCUCAUCUUCACUAUUUUAUCAUUUUUUUUCUUACUUCCAGGAUCUUGCCAGCACUCAUUCCUACAGUCUCAACUGUCUCUUGGCUCAAAAUUUCAUCAAUGAAAAAGUCUUCUUGUUCCUCUAUUGGUGGUUCAUUUUUGCAAUCAUCGUCAGCUUUUGCUCUGCCAUCCGUUUCUCGGCUCUUUUAUUCUCGCCAAGAUAUCAAAGAUACACCACAAAAAGUCUGUUGCCAUGCCAAGAAUAUUUCAUGGACACCACAACUGGCGGCGAUUUCGCCCAACCGGAGAAUAACGAUUUGCUCGAAUAUUUUGUCGAUUAUCUUGGAUGUGAUGGUUAUUUAUUGCUGCAAUUGGUUGGUGAUAUGAUGCAUUUAAUGUCGGUUAGAAUGUUGAGCAAAGAAUUAUGGCGGAGAAUUAUUGUGCAACAAAGACAUGAGGAUGAAGAAGAUGUUGUUGCUGUGAAAAGUGAAGAGGAAAAGAAGAAAGAGGAAGAAAAUCAGGGAUGUGGUGAUUCGACACAACCGACAGCUCCACCAAUGGAUGCGAGAUAUUAUGCAGGAAAGGAUGGAAAGAAAGAGAAAAAGAAGCAAAGAGAAAAUUCGGAGGAGAAACAACCGUUGAUUGAGGAUAGGGUAAAUUGGAUUUUUGGGUGUGAAAUAUCAGAAAUUUAGCGUUUUUAUUUAGAUAUGAAAAAGCUUAAUUUUGGUUUGGAAAGUCUUGCUGAAAAUUCAUAAUUUUUGGCUGAAGAUCUCGAAAUUUCACUGAAGUAUGAGAUUUUGGCUGAACAUUUUUCAAGAUUGAGAUUUCUGAGAUAAUACAUGUUUGGCUGAAAAAAGGUCUCAAUUUUUAAAAAACAAAGAAGUUAUAGGAUUUUCCUCCAGAGAAUCCUGGAUUUUUUUACUGCACUUUUUAGAAGUUUUUAAUUUUUAACAUUUAUUUUUGUUUUGAUUUCCACGUGAACUGAGUGACGUGGCAAUUUGAAAUUCUGUCAUUUUUAGUUUUGAAAACUCAAAACGUAUCCUCCUAGAACCCCGAUUUCCAGCCGUCUUCGUCCUCGUCUACCAAAUCAUCCACCACAGUUUCACCACCUCCACCAACUCGCUAUCAAAAUCAAAAACCCGACAUUUUCCGAACUGCCAACGAGGAUUCUGACAACUCUCCGGUUUUUCGAAAUUAA